CUGCCGGGAGGCGCGUUGCGUUCAGUGCGAAGUGAGGCGCUGAGUGGUCUGGAAGCAGGAGGAGAGAGACCGACGGCGAGCCACUCCCGCCUUUUACACCCACCAGGCUGUCUCUGUUUUGCGCCUUAGCUACAGUUACCGCCGCCGGGCUCGGCACAAGCCACUAUGGCUGAUCAACUGACAGAGGAACAGAUUGCAGAAUUCAAAGAAGCCUUCUCACUAUUUGACAAGGAUGGAGAUGGCACUAUAACAACAAAAGAACUGGGGACAGUGAUGAGGUCACUUGGGCAAAAUCCAACAGAAGCGGAAUUGCAGGACAUGAUCAAUGAAGUAGAUGCUGAUGGCAACGGGACAAUUGACUUUCCGGAGUUUUUGACAAUGAUGGCAAGAAAAAUGAAGGAUACAGACAGUGAAGAGGAAAUUAGAGAAGCAUUCCGUGUAUUUGAUAAGGAUGGUAAUGGCUAUAUUAGUGCUGCAGAAUUGCGCCAUGUGAUGACAAAUCUUGGAGAGAAGUUAACAGAUGAAGAAGUUGAUGAGAUGAUUAGAGAAGCAGAUAUUGAUGGUGAUGGUCAAGUAAACUAUGAAGAGUUUGUACAAAUGAUGACAGCAAAGUGAAGACACUGUACAGAAUGUGUUAAAUUUCUUGUACAAAUUGUUUAUUUGCCUUUUUCUCUGUUUGUAACUUAUCUGUAAAAGGUUUUCCCCUACUGUCAAGAGAAUAUGCAUGUAUAGUAACGAACUCAUUCCUCCAUGUUUUCCCCUUUAUCUGUCAUUCUGAUAUUUUGGGAAAAUGAUCAAAGUAACAAAUGUUUGCAUGUGGCUUACUCUGGAUAUUUAAGCCCUUCAGCACUUCUACAGCUAGAUGGUGUUGGUUAAAUGAGGGAACAUCUAGGUUAUGCCUGUUUAAAAUUAGUUAUUUUAGGAAACUUAGCAUGUUGUUGAAAUGUAGUCUUAACUCUGUGUGGACUAUGGACAGUCAACAAUAUGGAACUUAAAAGUUUGCACUAUUGCAAAACGGGUGUAUUAUCCAGGUACUCGUACACUAUUUUUUGUACUGCUGGUCCUGUACCAGAAGACAUUUUCUUCUAUGGUUUUAUGCUUUUAACUAUGCUUUUAACUCUUUUGUUCAGCCACUUAUUUUCAAAGAAUCUGCUUAUGGCACAACUUGCCUCAAAACCAUUCCAAGUUGUAUAUUUGUUUUCCAAUAAAAUAUUACAAUUAACCCAUA